AUGCGAGGAAUCUCGAAAGACGAGAAGACUGGGUACAUCAGGAAAGACCAAGAAGUGUCAUGCUGCUCCCUCCAACCAGUGGUGCCACUCCCACAAAGCCAGCCUGACUGCCAGCAGCUCCCUGUUACCUAUGUCAUAAUUUCGCUCGGCAGGGCUCAGAUGAGUCCUUUCGAAAAUUCUCAUUUGUCUCCUGAGUCGCUUUUGCCUCCGCUGGUCCCGACCACCCCUCUUUCGUCUUCUUCAUCUCUUUUACCUCCACUGGUCCCGUCCAGUCCUCCUCCAUCUCCCGAAUCACCUUCAUCUGCACUGGUCUAGUCCAGCCCUCCUUCAUCUCCUGAGUCUCCUUUGUCUCCGCUGGUCCCGUCCAGCCCUCCUUCGUCUCCUUCAUCUCCGCUGGUCCUGCCUAGCCCUCCUUCAUCUCCAGAGUCUCCUUCAUCACUGAUUGUCCCAUCCAGCCCUCCUUCGUCUCCUUCAUCUCCGCUGGUCCCGUCUAGCCCUCCUUCUUCUCCUGAGUCUCCUUCAUCUCUGCUGGUCCCGUCCAGCCCUCCUUCGUCUCCUUCAUUUCCACUGGUCCAGUCCAGCCCUCCUUCAACUCCUGAGUCUCCUUUGUCUCCACUGGUCCCAUCCAGCUCUCCUUCGUCUCCUGAGUCUCCUUCAUCUCUGCUGGUCCCGUCCAGCCCUUAUUUCGUCUCCUUCAUCUCCGCUGGUUCCGUCCAGCCCUCCUUCAUCUCCUGAGUCUCCUUUGUCUCCACUGUUCCGAUCCGGCCCUCCUUUGUCUCCUUCCUCUCUGCUGGUCCCGUCCAGCCCUCCUUCGUCUCCUUCAUCUCCACUGGUCCAGUCCAGCCCCCCUUCAUCUCCUUAGUCUCCU